CUUGACCAUUAUAAAUUGGUCAAGAGUGAGGUGUGUUUAGCAUCACAAGCUACACUCUGCACUCUCUAGUUAAGGAGCUAUGGCGCAGAAGCUUGCUUCCCUCCCUAUUCUCUUUGUGUUCCUUCUCUUGGCCUUCUCCCAAGUUCUGGGAGAGCAUCAAGUAGGUUCCAAGGAUGCGGACGUGAACCAAUUCAACGAUGACAAGCACGGAGGAGGGUACUACCACGGCGGUGGUGGCUACGGCCACGGUCAUGGCGGUGGUGGACACGGAUGCGGUUACCACUGCGGCCACAGGUGCUGCUCGGCAGCAGAAUAUGCUGAGUUUGUAAAUAAGAAAGCCACUGCCGAUGGUUUUGGUCACCAUUGCCAUUACUUCUGCCACCACAAAUGCUGCUCGGCUGCAGAGUUUGCAGAGUUCACAAAGCAGGCUGCAGGCCAACACUGAAGGCUUUCUGCACUUCAUCAGUAUGUAUGGGAAGUGCAUCAACUUCUUAAAGUUGAUGCUGGAAUAAAGCGACGACAGCCGAUGCCUACGCUGCAUGCUGUAUAAUGCUUGUAUGUUUCUCCAUUUUGCAUAAUGCAGAAGCUUGUGCAUCUUAGCACACUAUUUUA